GGCAGCCGGAAUUGCCGCUUGGCGCAUCUCGCCCGCCCGACCCAUCUCAAACGACAUCAACUUGCAUAUUCCCCUUCCUCCUCCACGCAGGCCUGCUGUAACGUUUCCCAGCGUUCGUAGCCAACUAGUAACAAUUGCUACGCCGAGAUCCUAUCCAGCCGUCGCACACGCGGAAGCCAGGGCGCAGACUUCCCGAUCGACCAUGUUCUUAAGAUAAUUAUGUGCACAUGUCCGCCAUCCCAGUGUCUGAACUGGGCCUCAACUCGAGCGAGAGCAGAUAUCUCCAGCAACAAAUCGCCGCCUCACAGCACGGCUCCAAUUCAUCGCGUGCUGCCUCUCACGCCUCCAGCCAAGGCCGUCUCCUCCUGGAUCCUUCUAGUUUGCAGGCGCUCAGCGCCCACUUUGACCGUCUAAUGUACUCUAUCCAGCAGCGCUGGCAGUAUCUCACCCAGCAGACGCAAACAGCAACCCAAGUGCAGUACGACCGCGCAGGCAAUGCCAUGCAAAUGGCUGAUGCUGAAAUCGCCCGCUUCCGCGCAAUCCUCCACGAAAUCGAUGAACUGCAAGUAGAAUUCGAUAAAGUCCGUCGCAUUGGAGAGAUUGUCAAAGGAUUCAAGUCGCGCGUCGACCGUCUGGAUCGCCGGAUAUGAACGCAUUCCAGUAGAUUGGACCGGUGUGUCCCCAGUUUCACAACCUGGUUUACACGAACCAAUCUACCUACACUCCUUUACCAUCACGAAAAGACAUACUUUGUCCCCACAGACACACACUAUACCUACUAAGACUGGAGAGCCUCGCGGCAUGGAAAACCCCGGGGACACCUGCGAGAACGGAAAGCCUCACGGCUAAUGGCGUUUUGGUUACGUUUUGUUGGAACUCUUGCUUUUGGGAAUACCCAGAUCUGCUUUUGUCCGUGUUUCAGUUUGCUUGAGUUGCGGUACCUUUCUUGCGUCAUUUGUGUAACUUUGAAUUACUUCUUCUAAAUUAUUACGUCUUGCUGCGAACGG